AAAAACCUUUACCCCAUUUUUCUCGUUCUUGAAAAUGUGGAGCAAUAUCCCCUUUGAUCUCCUAGCUAAGAUAUUCUCCUUCCUCUCCCCUGGCUCCUUGGCACGUACUAGGUCCGUCUGCCACCAUUGGCGCACGUGUGCCGAUGCAUACCCAACAAGCCUAACUCCUUCCAUGCUCCACUACCACCACCCACCAUGGUUUGUAGCUCUUCCUACAAGAAACCGUGAGCCAUGUUGCUACGUUCAUAAUCCGUUUGCCAAGAAAUGGCAUGUGCUAUCUCUUGAGGUUUUGCCCAAUCCAAUCCGAUCCAUAGCCUCAAUUGGUAGCCUAAUCCUUCUAAGAGCCACAAAUUCUACAAUUCUCAUUUUGGGUAUGUGGAAUCCUUUCACUAGGCAAUUUAGACACCUCCCAAUGUUGAACAUUGCUAGGACUAAUCCAGCAGUCGGUGUUGUAGUUCUUAGCUCAAGCCAGCAUAGCCCAUCCCCACAUUUCAGAGUCUACGUGGCUGGUGGAAUGUCCGACGCUCCAUGUGGCGGUGCCACAUAUGAAGCCACGUUGGAAAUGUACGAUUCAAAGCUCGACACAUGGCAAAUUGUGGGACCUAUGCCAGUGGAAUUCUCAGUAAGGCUAACAGUUUGGACCCCAAAUGAGAGCGUCUACACUAAUGGGGUCCUCUAUUGGAUGACUUCGGCAAGAGCCUACAGUGUGAUGUGCUAUGAGAUUGGGUACAACAAAUGGCAAGAAUUGAGAGUACCCAUGGCAGAUAAGCUUGAGUUUGCCGCAUUGGUGCAGCGCAAUGGGAGGUUGACACUUGUGGGUGGAACCUGCAGUGGUGAUGCCUGUAUAUGGGAGCUAAAUGAAGGAGAAAUUUGGUGUUUAAUUGAGAAGGCACCUAUUGAAUUGGGAUUGAAACUUAAGAAGGGUAAUGCAAGUUGGGAAAGCACAAAAUGUGUGGGCGGUGAUGGGGCAAUUUGUUUGUACAGGGACCUUGGGUCAGGAAUGGUAGUUUGGAGAGAAGAUAGAGAGAAGGGUAGAUGGGAAUGGUUUUGGGUUGAAGGGUGUUGCUUUAUUAGUGGUAAACAAGUGCAAAGUGUGUCAAUUAGAGGUGUGAUUAUUCAUCCAAAUCUUGCUCCCUCCCCCAUUUUCAUUAAAUGAAUGGUAAAAUUUGU